AUGUAAUAGGAUUAAAAUCAAGGAAUGGACAACUAGAUGGCUGAUAAGGAAAUGACCGUUUAAGAGCAACUCUUGGAACAAUAGAAGAAAUUUAGGAACUUGGAAUCUGACAGGAAGGCAUAUGCUGAAGAAACAGUUGCAAACAUUAAGAAACAAAGGGGAAUCAUAGACAAACUGAAGAACGAGAAUUACAUUUUAAAGGACUUGAUUGCUAAAAUGAAUUCUCAGAAACUUUAAUUAAAUUAAACUACAUAUUCUAAAGGACCUAAUAUUGAUACUAUUAUUGAUGAUUUGAAAGUAGCAAUUAAUGAAGAGAAGAAAUAAUAAGAGGAAAUUGAUACUCAUGUUGCGGAUUUUUAAAAAAAGAUCAUAGAAAAGAGACAUGCUCUUGGAGGUUACAAUGCAGGAGCAGAAAAUGAGAGUGCUUUAUAAAAAUAAAUAAAGAUAUUGGAAAAUAGACUGGACAAAACAAAUUAAAAAUUUAAUGAAGCCAUAGCCAUUAAUAAACAAUUGAGAUAAUAAAUUGACAGUUUAAGAAGAGAACGAGUUAUUUUCGAUAAUUUAUACAAAAAAUUAGAGAAGGAAUUGCAUGAAAAGAGAAAAGAAAUGGCCGAUAUUAUUGAAACUGCCAAUACUGCAUAUGAAGAAAGAGAUAAAGCCAAUGAUCUGAUCCAAAGUUUAAAAUAGUAAGCAAAAAGAGAAUCUGCUGAUUUUGAAAAGGAUUUGAGAGAGUUGAGUUAAAUAAUGGAAAAAAAUAAGAAAACCUUAGAUUAUAUGAAAUUGACAGAAAAGAAUAGGGAAAUGGAUACUUAGGAGGUAGUAGAUCCAGAAAAGUUAACUAAACCCAAAACUACCAAAUUAACUAGAGAUAAAACAGUAAAUUAAACUAUUGUUGAAUAAAUCAUGAAAUACGAAGAAGAUUUUGCCAAAAUAUAGGCAGCAACUUAAAUUAAAGUGUUUGAUGAAUUAAUCAAAAUAUUCAUUUAAAAUGAAGAGAAGAAUUUUCAAAUGUUCAAAUAUGUUAAUGAAUUGAGUAAUGAAAUCGAGGAUCUUGAAAAGCAAAUAGGAGAAUUAAAAGAGGAAGCAUCUCAAUAUGAAGGAUAGGGAUCAAAUGUGGAUGUUCAAAGAAAAAGACACUUGAAAGACCUUGAAGAAAAACUAUCUAGAGCUGAAUCAAAGUCAGAACAAUAUGAAUUCAAAUACAACGAAUCAUUAAAAUUAAUUAACAGCUUAACUAAUUGGAUUGAAACUUUGUUUAAUACUGUUGAAUGUGAUAAAUAGAUGGCUACAGAAAUUGCAGGAUCUCAUGGAGUCACUGAUACCAAUAUGAUGAUAUACUUAGGCUUAAUAGAGAAUAAAACAAAUAAGUUGUUGUAAUACUAUUAGUAAAUUCAUCAAAAAAUAUCAGAAAACUAAAUCAACUCUUUACAAUAAUUAGCUGCUAUGAAUGAGAAAAAUCUAUAAAAUAAAAAUAGGGCUGAGUUGCCUUAAUUUGAUGAACAUGAAGAGGAUGAUAUAGAAGGAGAUAAAAUUUUAUCAGUAGAAGAAUUCAAGAAAAAAGCAUUAGAAAAACUUGAAAAAUAAUAGAAUUAAACUAAAAAUAAAAGAUCUGGUCCUAAUAAAUUAAGAAAAAAUAAAUGA